ACUUUGAGUGAGCUUCCUCAGCAUGCUGUCUAUAUCAUUGGCAGAAUCUGUAGUUGGAAAGGGGGCUGCAUGACUACUGGACUUUAUAUGAAAACACCAACUUGGGGAAGACCUUCAGGCAAGGCCGAGAUAGGAGUAGAGGCAUAUUAUUUGGUCUUGCCUUUAACUUGAACCAUGAUUGGCUCUAAAACCAAAGCAAGGGCUAGAGAAGAGGCUGGGGCUACCUCGAAUCCUGGAAUCAGUGGCCUUGCGAAUACUAAAGUAAAGGCCAAGAGUCAGACCAAGGCAGUGGUUGAGGCAAAACCAAAACAGAAACUGGGGAACCAGGCUGAGGCUAGGGAUGAAGCAAUGGUCAGGACUCAGACAGUGAUUUGCACUGAGGCUGACUCUGUGACAUUGGAAGUAUGCAAAAUAGAAGAUAUGACUAAUAUUAGAGUCACAACUCAGAGUGAGACAGAGCUCCUGCCAGAGCCUGGGUUAGUGAUUCAAACCAAGUCCGAAGCCAUGCCUGUGUCUAUGGUCAUUACUGUAACCAAAUCUGGAGUCAGGGUUGACACUGGCAUUGAGGCACAUAUCAAGUGCUCUGCCAAGGCUAAUGAUAAGUCCGGUAUUGGGUGCAGAUCUAAGAUAAAGGAACAGGCCAGCAUCAGUUCCAGGGCUGGAGACAAAACUAGUAUUGUCAGCAGCUCCACUGAUGAGGAUGAAGAAAAUGUGUGCUCUUGGUUUUGGACUGGAGAAGAGCCUAGUAUAGGGUCCUGGUUCUGGCCCAAAGAAGAAACCCCCUUUCAAGUUUAUAUGCCCCCACCUAAGAUUGAGGAAAAACCCAAAUCCCCAGAGAAACACAACUUUACUUUAAAAGAAAAAGCAGCUGCAUGGGCAAGGGCCAGAUAUAUUGUCCUAGUCCCAGUUGAGGGAGGUGAACAAUCUUUGCCUCCCGAAGGGAACUGGACCCUGGUUGCAACCUUAAUUGAAACUCCUUUGGGUAUUCGGCCAUUGACUAAGAUUCCACCUUAUAAUGGACCUUACUUCCAGACCUUAGCUGAGAUAAAAAACCAGAUUAGGCAGAGAGAAAAGUAUGGACCUCAUCCAGGGGCCUGCCGCUGUAAAUCACGUAGCUUUAGUUUAGAGCCUAAAGAGUUUGAUGAACUUGUUGCCCUCCUUAAGUUAACUAAGGAUCCUUUCAUUUAUGAGAUAGCUACGAUGAUAAUGGGUAUCAGUCCUGCCUAUCCGUUUACUCAAGAUAUAAUUCAUGAUGUUGGUAUUACUGUUAUGAUUGAAAAUUUGAUCAAUAAUCCAAAUGUUAAGAAACAUACUAAAACUCUAAAUACUGUGAGUGACAACUCAGAGUCUUCUGAAGAACCAAAAGGGAAUGAAUCACAAAUACAUCAGAUUUGUAAGGGCAUAAUCUCUUGUCCUUUGAACUCUUCUGUACUAGUGGAUGAACUAAAAUUACUGGUGAACCUGAGUGGGAAACCCGAGAAUCACCACGUGAUUGCCAAUUACAUUCCAGAGUUCCUCAUAUUGCUAAAUAAAGGAAGUGUCAAAACCAAGUUUCAUGUCCUAAAAGUUUUUUUGUGCUUGUCGAAAAAUCAAGCCAAUACCAGAGAGCUGAUCAGUGCUGAAGUAUUGUCAUCACUCGUGGCUCUAUUUAACAAGAAUGAGUCAAAGGCCAAUAUUCUUAAUGUCAUUGAAAUAUUUGAGAAUAUAAAUUUCCAGUUCAAAAAGAGGACAAAGCUCUUUACCAAGGACAAGUUCACUAAAUCUGAACUUAUUUCAAUAUUCCAGGAAGCAAAAGGGUUUGGUCAGAAACUCCAAAACUUAGCAGAGCACAGUGAUCCUGAGGUGAAAGACAAAGUUAUCCGAUUAAUACUCAAACUCUAAAUAGCUGUACGUUUGCACAAAGCCUGGAAUGGUUUCUUUGUCUGUGCAAUAUAAAUCUAAUGAAUACUAUAAUUAUAAACUUGAUACUUGUGUUCUCUGUAUUUAUUGAAGGAGGCAAUUUUAUGGAUGCCAGUCAGAUCUAGAGAGACUGAGCAUUUGCUGAAUUUUGUGCUAUAUGCAUACUAUAAAUGGAGAUAUUUUUAGUAUUUCUGUAAUGUAACCUAAUGAUGAACAUAUUGGUCCUAAAUAAGCUAUAUUUCUGUGAUUAUACUGAUACAAGUGUAUUUUCGUAUUUCAUUUACAUGUUUUUAAUAAAGUCGCAUGCUAAACCUGA